AUCCUUCGACCUUAGCAAACACACACACGUGUCUGUGAAACAUAUAACAAACAAACACACAAAUCCUCGAAAUCUCCGAAGUAAUAAACCGCAGAUCUUGAAAACGAAAGUAAGAAAGCUCUGUUAACGUUGCUGGUAUUUCAGAAAUAAUGGAUGGUUUGCUAGGUCUGCUGAAAGUAAAAGUGCGUAGAGGAAUAAAUUUAGCCAUCCGUGAUGCAGUCACCAGCGAUCCUUAUGUUGUCGUCAGUAUGGGGCGCCAGAAACUGAAAACUCAUGUGGUCCCUGACAACUGCAAUCCUGUGUGGAACGAUGAAAUCACUCUCUCCGUUAAGGAUCUAACUCUUCCAGUUAAACUAACUGUAUAUGAUAAGGACACAUUCAGCAUAGACGACAAAAUGGGAGAAGCUGUGGUUGACAUCUCAGAUUAUAUAGAAUGUUUAAGGAUGAAACUAGAAAACAUACCGGAUGGUACUGUUGUUCAUAAAGUUCAGCCAGAUAGAAAAAACUGCCUAUCUGAGGAAAGCUCUAUCGUCUGGAACAAGGGAAAGAUGACUCAAGAUAUGUAUCUUCGACUAAGAAAUGUUGAAUGUGGGGAACUCGAGAUUGGAAUUGAAUGGGUUGAAGUUCCAGGCUGCCAAGGUGUAAUGUAGUUAUGUAAGAGCAAGUUCAAGAGAUGCCUAAUAUGAUGUCCUAAGUUAUAAUUUAGGACAAUUGAUAUAAAAUGUUGAUCGAACAAUGACCGGGUGAUGUCUUAUAUCACAAGGACAAAUUCUUCGAGCCUUAUUUUUAAGACACCUCUUUUCUUGCUUUGUCUUA